AUGUUGUUUCAAACAGCCCUUCAGCUUGUGUCUAUAACUUCCCUGCUUACACAAAUUCAGACAACGUCUGCUGCUGUGAGGGCUAAACGUAGCGAUAACCCACUUGACGCGCAUUCGACGACGGCUACAACCGCACCUAUACAUGUAUCCCUUGUCGAAAAAAGAGCAACAUCUAGCAUAGGCAAACGUUCAACGGCAUCAGAGAUUCCACUGAUGGACGAUAUAAACUCUAGUCAGUUUGGUAUUGAAGUGCAAAUAGGCACCCCACCACAGAAUUUCGUACUUAUGUUGGAUACAGGCAGCACAGAUACCUGGGUCUCUUCCUCCGAAUGCACAGUGAAAGAUGGCUGUCCUGACUUUAUGCAGCACUUUCUUCCACAAAAUUCCAGCACUUACAGAUCCGUUUUAAAUGAUGAUCGUGAAAACGAACACAAUCAUGAAAUGCCAAUAGAUAUUGUAUAUGGUAUAGGUCAUGCAGAAGGCCGUUAUUUUGAAGAUGUGCUCACUCUAACAACCAAAAGUAUGUUGAAAAAUGACUUUCAGCGGUUAGUGUUGGUCCAUAAAACGGAGGGUCCACUUUCGCAUCAGCAGCAUAAAAGUGAGAAAGACGAAGCAGACAUCACUUUAGACGGUGUCUUUGCUGCAGGGUUGACGACGACCACCACAAGGGCAACUUUAAGUAGCAAUACUACUACUGAAGAAGAAAGACAACGCUUACAUUCAACAUCCUCCACGACUGACCCAAUGACUAACCACCCCUUCUUUAUCUCACUUUAUAACUCCAACAGCAUUCCGGAGCCCAUGUUUUCGGUCGCUUUGGCUGAAGGAAGCCUUAUUUUAGGAGCCAAGCAUUCAUCCAAUCAUAGUUACGUCUAUACAGAUGUAGCCUCUGUUGAAACAAGGUGGGAUGCGAAUGUCUACAAAUUCCAAUUUGAAAAUGCUUCUCGUGCUGUCAACUUCAAUUUCAACGAACCCACUCCCGUUGGAGUGGAUACGGGUUCCAACUUUUUGUAUCUUCCAGAAGUGUUGGCUUAUGAUCUCGCAGCGGCUGUAUCGCACAAUACGUACAAAAAACCGACCGAUGAAAGACCUUACUUUUUGAUUGACUGUGAAUACCAAUCAAGUCAUCAGUUUGUCAACAUCUAUUUCCUGCCCUCUUCUUCUGCCUCAUUUACUGGACGGCAAAGGAUCGACAAUGAAGUGGGGAUGAAAAUUUCAGUGAAACAUUUGAUUGCGCAACGAGAAAGUGAUGGGCAGUGUCUGCUAUUGUUUGUUCCUUCCAAAGAUAAGUUUAUCAUUGGAAAUAUGAUUUUGCGCCAUUUUUAUACAGUGUUUGAUUUCGGUGAAGUACCCAAAAUUGGAUUUGCACCCUAUUACCGAACCGAAUAA